CUUGGCAAUUCCAUGCCCCUCACCCGACAAGCGAACGAGAUGGAAAAGAAUGUCUGCCAGGUGCAUUCUCUGGAAAACGACAGGUCCGCCCCAGCUUGGUUGACUGCAGGGCACUAACCAAACUCGGAAUGACGGUGAGGGAAAAAGGGAAUGCGGUGCUCAGGAGGCAGGCGCGAUGAUUGGGUCAGCAACCGCGGCCAUCGGCGCCCUCCCUCGGUGACCCAGAGCUGCGCCAGCCAGCCCCAGACGUCGCACUUCCUUCCCGCAUUGCGGCAAACUUCCCCGAAGACAUCCAUCCCACAAGCAUCCCACAAGCAUCCCACAGACAUAUGACGGACUUUGGAUGCACGCCCGGAAGCGGGAUUACCGAUGCGACUCUGGUCUCAUUUGUUUGUCCUUCCCAACAGUCCGUGGCAUCCAUGAUCCAACAGUCUGCCUGAGACAUGGCGUACCCCAGGCAGGUUCCCAGCUCAGAACCCGACAGCGCAUUCCGCUAUGGGGAAGGAGAGCCUCAAGAGGUCGUCACCGACGCUCCUUGGGACUUCACAUCAUUCUUUACCCCUGCCGCCGAGUUGGGCCACAAUGGCAAUCUCGUCGCCAAUCCCAACCUUGACUUGGCCGUCAAUCCACCGACCUGCCGAUCCCAGGCCGUCCGCGGGACCCCGCUUGUCCGGCCCGGCUUCGACUUGAACUCCAUGCCGUUUCCCGGCGCACAUCCGCAAUGGUCCGCUCAGGUCGCCGCCGCCCGACAUUAUUAUGCCCCCAACGUGCCCUCCCGCUCCGCAGACCGGUCCCGGAGGCCAUCGUUGUCGACCCCGGUUUCGUCCCCAACGGACAUGUUUCACUCCGCCGGCCCCGUUAGCGCCGCAGACUGGGCUUCCUUUUCCACGGGCUCGGAGGUCCCGGUUAAUAUUGGAUCGCUUCCAACCUUUGGCCUGCCACAAUCCUCGUUCAACCCUGUGCUACCUCUUUCAACAGAAUACUUCGCCCAGUUAAUGGCGCCCGCCGCCCCAAGCCUGAGUCAACUAUCCGAUGCAAAUUCUUCGUAUCCCCUCCCUUCUUCCAACCUUCGCGAUGCCUUCGACUCCUUCAAUACCAUCCCUAAUGACCGGGCAUUGGUGUCUCCGAACGAGGGGAACAACCCCCCGUGGCCUAACGCCGUCGUCCACAACACCGUUGAUCGUGAUUAUUAUGGACGGUGUAGUCCGACAGUGUCCAUAGAUGUUGCAGGCUCUCACCCCACCGUUCCGGAUCCCUCACCACCAAAGAAACGCCCGUCAACACGCCAACCGAAAGCCCCGUCGACGCCGUUGGCAAUUGUUCAGUAUGAACCACCCAACAGCAAGGGGGCAAAGUCGUCCAAGAAACGGUCAGCCCCGGAAGAAAUCACGCCCCAGGGGAUGGCUUCCCAAACUCUUCGCGAAGUACCGGUGCUUGAUGACUCUGGAGAAGUCAAGGGAACCAUGAUGACGUUCGGGAACCGGUUCAAGUCGAGGGCUGUUUUUACCGAGGAAAAGCGCCUGCAGACAGCUCUAGCCAGGCGAAAAGGGGUUUGCCCGAGGUGCAAGAAAUCGAAAAGACAGUGCGAUCUCGCCCAGAAAGAGAGUCCUUACGUUAGCUGUACCCUUUGUACAGAGCACAAGAUCUACAAGAACGCCCCUCGACUCCCUUGUUUCGGAACGACUUUGGCAGACAUCCUCUUCUUCCGGUCGGGUCCAGCACCAAACGAGCCGUUCUUCACCAAGCGACUUGCAGUUCUGCACGACCUCGGAGACCUAUCCAAGCCAGACGUCUCCGCAAGGAUGUUGAAGCUCACACAACGCAUCGGGUCCCAUCAGCUAACCGUCUACGCCUCCGAGUUUGUGCCAUCGCCUGGCGAUGUCGUGUCGUACAAGUGGACAGAUCGCUCAGGAAAGUUACAUGAGCUAAAUAUGCCACCUUACUGCCUCACAAAUGUAGAAAAGAUACGUCGCCAUAUCUGCCAGUAUAUUGCCUCGGCCAAAUGGGCGUACCUCGCUUCGGUCAAGACCGAGGACAAACUGGCAUGGAUGACGAUCUCUGUCGCCAUGGAGUUUGCUCAACGAAAUCCGAAAUCUUUAGUUGCCGACUCCCUCGAUCUUUGGGCUAUUUCACGUAUGAUCGAGAUUCCCUGGGAGAUGUGCGGACCCGACACCCUCGGCGUCUCGCCGGUAAGAGAUGCGACGAGUCCUCACAAGGGGAGGAUUCCGAUUCCGCCCAUCAUGGAUACGCACCUGGACCAGAUCGUUAUCAAGUCUAUCCUGACACCCUUGCGCGAGAGGCUUGUUGAGAAAUUCGAGCGCCUGAUCACCCCUGUCAAGCGCGAGGCUUGGUGGGAAAUUUACCUCUCUGCCUUCAUCUUACUCAACCACAUCGAGCGGCUGGCCAGACACUCUGUCGCCCACGCCAAGACGCACACAAUGCCGGGCAAAUACUCCAACAUCCAGUUCCUCGAAGCAGCCUUCCAUACGGCCAAGUCUAUCCUCGCCCGCUUCCACUUUUUAUGUAACGGAUCUGUGCCGUUGAAGAUGGACUGGACGUCGCCCAGCCUGGCGGCCAUGGCCAAACUCGAACCGAAACAGGUUGAAUUCAUGCAAACAACCCAGGCUAUGAUCAUGGCAAGAGAGUCCGAUGUCCUCAGUUUGAGGAAGACCCAUAAGUACGAAAAGACGUUGUAUUGGGCUGGCCAGCUGUUUACCGAAAACUUUGAUACUUCCCCCGUACAUGUCGUGGAGGAACUCGACGAGAACGAUACGGACGCAGCAGAGGAGGAGAGCCAGUUAGCGGUAAAGUGUGAGGAAUAAAAGGAUGCUGCGCCAACGCAGCGGCUGCGUAUUUCCGGGUUUGCAGUGGCGUUUUAGGGGAAAAUACCAUUGGUCUGAAUAGGAGUUUGGGUUGUUGGGAAGUACGUGCUGGCUGAGCUCGGUAAUUACUUUUCUGUAUUGUAAAUAGACAUCGGCGUGUUGUAUUGACGGAAUCCGUCUUUGGAUUGGGCAUGGUAGGGCUUUCUUGACGGGCUUUGGGGUAUAAUAGGGCGUUAAACUACAUUAUCUAGGUAACGAUGGACAUGAUAAUCGUCGGGCGCUGCAGUGGUAGGGGGCAAAAGAGUUGAUGGUAAAGAGGCAGAGGAGAAAGUGGGCGAAGGCGUAGCGGGGCAAGAGGCAAAGUAUACAAAGUGGAAAGUGAUAUAGGGGGUACUUCAAACUCUAGAUACAAUAAUAUUACAAAACUACACACUGUAGACAAGCAU